AUUAGCACUUCAAACAGCAGUAUAUGCUUUCCACCCUGCUAUCCCUUCUUCUUGUCACAGAGCAUUCUCUCCAUCCAAAUACUACGUAAUAAAUAAGGCUAAUAUUCCUCUAACUAUAUAACGACUAUAUACUGAACAGGACCCCCCGCCCCCUUCAUAACUAGAAGUACAAGAAUUUCCAUAUGCUUUCUCUUCAUUUUGGGAUGUCUGGGGAAGCUGAGCUGCAGAUGCUGCUAAUACUGCUACUUCAGUUACCAAUGGCAUUCAGACUGAUAGCUCUUCGUGCCAAACCAACAACUGUACUUCAUAGCUCUGGAAUAAGACACUGGCAGCAGCAGCUACCCCCCCAUCUCCGCAGAGACAACAGCAGCCACCCGCCUUACUACCACUGCGGGACUAUCGGGCGUCUCUCCAGGGUCUUCCGCUAAACUGCAGGGAGUGAAGUUGGGAACCACACCACUGGAGACACGUGUGUGUCUCCCAGCUUCGAGUCUUGGUCGAAAUCUCUUUGUUCCCUUCAGUCAACUUGCAGUGAUCGGAAUGGAACUGCUUACAAAAUCGCCUGCUGAGCAGAUCAUCACUCAAAAAGGAAAUGCUGGAGAAAGCAACAGCCGAAUGAUGAAGCACCAUUCUCAAGAGCCAUCAACAUCCUCAUCUGAGGAAUCAAAAUAUGUGGAGAUUUAUGAUUUCCCUGGAGGGAGGGGAGAGAGUCCCCAAACUCUAAAACUGACUUUGGCAGGAAAUGGAAGUAAAGUGGCCUUUAUCAAACCUAAAAAUGGACCUUAUGGGAUCAGUGAGGUUAAGAGAUUGGCUAACAAUAUGCUGGCAGACAAAUCUGCAAAUGAAGCACCCCAGGAUUAUAAAUCUAAAAUGGAAGGCACUCCUUCCCCUGUGGGGAUGAAGGCUGAUGAGGUGGGGGGAAGCAUCACUGGCACCAGCUCAGAAGGGUCUGAGAACACUUUGUCCCCUAGUAUCUCCAACAUUCAGCUUUACACAAAUGGCUGCCCAGAAUCAUCCUCAUCCUCUUGUCCUUCGCCAGUACAAGAGACAGGCAGCUUUCCAAAAAUGGAUGACAUGGGAACGGAGGGGAAAACCUCCUCUUCUUCAUUUGGAUAUGAAAGUGAUGAGGACGAUGAUGCAGACUGCAAAGAAAUCUGUCUGAGUAACCAGAGAGGAGGGUGCAGGCAUGCUUCACAACUGAUGCACUCGCAGCAAAGCUACACCAGUGAGAACAACUGUAACAAUAAUGAUGAAGCACAUUAUAUUACAACCCAUGAAAUCCAGCUUAGCGAAGUGGACCAUGACAUGGACUUUGAUUAUGGGUUAGCCUCUCGGUGGGAUUUCGAGGACAACAAUGUGAUUUAUUCCUUUGUGGAUUACGCUUCCUUUGGGAGUGAGGAGACUCUUGCAGAUACCCAGACAGAAGAGGACAAUAGCUGUUAUCUCAGCACGACCACCAGUGAUCCCAAUAAUCAGACAGACAGUAUCGAUAAUACCAGCAGUACAGAGAUAGUCAGCAUUAAUUCUGAAAAUGAUACCCCUAGCACAGACAAAUGCGCCAGCUCGGAAGAAAGUCAGUCCAAGAACCUCAGCAACAUGAGUGAGAAUUCUGCAGGCCAGAUACUCCUAUCAAUCAAACCAACUUCCAGGGCUAUAAAUGAGCCUAGCAACCAGCACGAAAAGCAAAACAUUAUUUAUGCUGCCAAGCAUGAAGGCGACAUGAGCCUCUGUGUCUCCACAGCUCAUGAACGAAAUUCAAGUUUGAAACAAGAUGUGUUUCAUGACUAUGCAAAAAAAAUUAUUGCAGUUCCUGCACAUUUGCAAACAAGGUGUGGAGCCAUAAGAGCAAGAGAAUUGGGAGGAUAUUCAAGCGGUGCCUCAAGUGUGGUAAGUGAGUUGGAUGAUGCAGAUAAAGAAGUAAGAAGCCUGACAGCAAGGGCAUUCCGCAGCUUAGCUUAUCCCUACUUUGAUACCUUGAACUUGAGCUCCAGUGAAUCCUCCACAUCUCUUUCGGAUCACACACUAGGAAUCAACCGGUGGUCAACUUACUUGGAUUUAAAGUGUGGCAGCCUUGGGCAGAAAGCAGAGCAAAAUCUUUUCAAAAGCAGCACCGCAUCUGCAGGAUGGAACAGAAGCACUGGGACAAAGACAUCCAGUGACCAGUUCUACAUUCACUCCAAUAAGUCACAGACUAAAGCAUUAGAGUUUGUUGUCAGCAAGCUUGAUGGAGAAAUAACACAUGUUGAGACACCGCCUUGCUUUGAAAAACGGAUCCAGUCAGGCUCCCGGGUUGUUACUUUAUUGGAGACUCUGAAUUUUAGCAGCAAUAUAAAAGCGGGUGUCCCCAGACCUGCUAAACCUUCUGAAAAUGCUGCUGCUGGAUCAAGUUGCACAGAUGAAGUUACAGAAACACUGCCAAAGGAGCUGGGCAAUGAAACUUGCAAACAAACUGGGCUGGCUGCAGAAACCAUGGAAGGCACACAGAAUAAAUCAAAGUUUGCAUCUAGUCUCCUCAAAAAUGUUAUCUCAAAGAAAAUGCAACUGGAGCAUGAGUUCAAAAUGGAAAGGGGCGAAAUCUCGGACACCACAUAUUCUGGUAUGUCCAAUUCCUUAUCUUCUAAAGAGGUAGAUGGUGCUUUCAAAGAAAAGUUAAGAGGUGGGGGUUUGCAGAGACAGAAUUCUAGAUAUUCAGAAGGCAGCUCUGAUUACACUAUUGUAACAGCAGAUGAUUUGGGGGAGUUUUUUGACAGCAAGUCCCCUACCUCCAAGCCAUCUACUCCCCGGGAGGGAAAUGUUAGCCUGGAUCGAUCCCUUUCUGAAACAUUCUUAGAAGAGGCAUGUAAAAUAAAAGAGAGUGCUUCUGAAACUCUCAAGGCAACUUUUCUCCGCAGCCAGAACAGUGCAUUUAGAACAUGGAAAGAAAAAGAAGCAGAGAACAAGGAGGAGAAAGCUCCUGUGGGAAAACUGAAAAUUUCAUCCAAAGGUGACUGGAAGGCUGAUUUGGGAGAAUUCUCAGCCAGCAAAUCAACUAAAAUGUCUCGUCUCUUUGUCCCAAAUAUUCAACAAACAACCAAAGAAAAGCAAUCCAGCACACAAGUGACAAAAUAUUCUACAGCAACCAACGCAGCAGCUCAGACUGCCAUCGCAACCACAAUGAUAAAGCCCAAACCUCCCGAGAUCAAAAUCAGCUUAGGUAGCAUGCAGCAGAAUAAAGAUCACCCUUUCAAUAUUGCUAAGCUCCUCACACCCAAGCUAUCUGGAAGUGUCCCAAACUUUUUCAAGGCAGCUGAAGAUACCAGAAGCCAGCAGCAAAAACAAUUCAAAGGGGAAGGUAUGGACAAAGUGCCUCAAUUUCUGGUACGUGAUGUAAGAGAAAACAAACACAAGGUGCAAGGGCCUAUCCAUCAGGUUACAGAUGUCAGGAAACUAAUUAAGAGUAGCUACAGCCAUGAGUCGGGGGAUAACAACAGUGACAGAGGCAGUGUCAACUCGGACCAGGGAACAUCUGAGCAGAAACCCAAGCAGCUGGUGACAGCAGGCAUUUCCAGACCUGUGUCUCCCAUGGUGAUAACCUGUCAGGCAGUAAGCAACAGCAAGGAGGUCAAGAGCGCCAGCAAGGCUUCAGAGACAGGGGCCAAAGCAAGUAGCGGGGGCAAGAUGCUGCCAUCCAGCCAAGAUGGGACAAUCCUGGUGCACAGGACCUCAGGGAGGCUGCCCGUAGCUACAAUCGCCCCUAACAAAAGCGACCCUCGCCAGCCUGCUGUGCUGAAGAUAGUCUCCAAAACAUCUGUGCCCUGGAGGCAACAACCACAGCCGCCGCUGCCGCAAAUUCAACCUACACCAGUGGAGAAAAGCAGCAAGGUAGGCCCGCUGGUGGUGGCUAGCGAAGAAGAAAUUCCACGGGAAGAGGUGGCCAAGGCACCCCUCACAGUGAACCACCAAGCGCUGGAGAAACUUACAGCGGCCGUCCGGAGCAUGGAGGAGCUCUACAGCUUCCACAAGAACGAGUGGAAGCGCAAGAGCGACCCGCUGCCCAUCACUGACAGCCACGUCCUGUCCCUCAUCACCAGCGAGGAAAGGACCACGGGGGGAGCCACAGCCACGGGAUCCAGGGAAGAGUCCACGGCCAGCGCCAAGGCAGAGGACCAGGAUGCCAGUCAGAGUGCGGCCUUGACGACUUCCCCCAGCAGCAGGCCUGCGCCUGAGCGCCAACCCCGCAGCCGGACUGCCAACCCAACCAAGAACGCAGAGAAGGUGUCAGCCAAGAUGGCGACCUUCGAAAGCUUGGCACAGGCUCGGGAGCGGGCACGAGGGCCGGGCUUCCGUGGGGAGGCCGCAGGGGGCACAGAGAGAGGCAGGGCCCCAGUGGCACCCCGCAGCACCUUCAACUUCAAUGCCCAGGCCCAGAAGGCCAAGCAGCAGCCACCUCAAGAGCCAUCUCCUGACCCGCCACCAAGAGGCCUGAAAGGCCAAGCCGGGCCUCGCUCCAUCAAGCUCUUUGGGGACAGGCAGGGGAGCCUAGUCGAGCCGGACAGGGCACCCAAGGUGGCGGCGGCGGCUCCCGACUGCGGAAACUACCUGGCCAUCCCUCUCAAGGCGUCGUCGUCGACGGAGCAGCCAGGGGCAGCCGCGUCAGGAGACCGAGGCGGCCGCCCGGGCCUAGUGUCCGCGGCGGCAGCAGCGGCGGCCCUGUGCAGCCACCAGCCCACCGGCAAGACCCACGGGCAGGAGGCGGCCAAGCAACAGCAGCGCGGAGAGGCAGCCGCCCCGCAGCCUCAGGCCGCCCAUCCUCCGCUGCCUCCUCAGCAGCAGCAGCAGCAGCAGCCUCAGUUCGAAGUGUCCCCCGCGCAGCUCUUCCCUCAGGCCUUGUCCUUGGCCGCGGCGGCUGCCGCUUUCUCAGGCGCUGCCCAACCCACGCCUCUGCUGUGCUUCUCUCCGCCCGCGGCCGCCGAGCCCGCUGCUUUCCCGGCGCCUCAGGCGCAGCGCAAAGUGCUGCUGGACCUCAGCACCGGGCAGUGCUACGUGGUGGACGCGCCGCUGCAGCCGCCGCCGCCUCAGAAGAGGCGCCUCUUCGACCCCGAGACCGGGCAGUACGUGGAGGUGCCCCUGCCGGCCCAGGCGCCACCUCCGGCCGUGGCCCCCAUGACCCUCCCGGUGUCCUCCCUGGCGCUGGGCGCGGCGGGAGCCUACGGCGCCCCGGCCGCGGCCUACAUGAUCUACCCAGGCUUCUUGCCGGCCGUCUUGCCUGCCAGCGCCCUGCAAGGCCAGCUCACCCAGCAGCAGGGUGGAGAGAUCGGCCCCGCCAGCCCCGGGGCGGACAGCCCUUACUACAUGCCCACAGGCAAAGCUGCUCAGCAGCAGCAGCAGCAGCCACAGCAGCCGCCACAGCAGCAGCAGCAAGGGGUUCCUGGCGAGGGGAAGGCGCCGCUCAUCAGCAUCACCUCGCAGCCUCUGGGGCCCAGGAUCAUCGCGCCUCCUUCCUUCGACGGCACCACCAUGCGCUUCGUCGUGGAGCACCGGUGAUGGAGAGCCCGACCAGGGAUGUUGCUGCUCGCUGCUGCUGCUGCCACGGGCACAAACAACGAGAAUUUCUUUCCCUUAAUCUGAAAACGACUUGAUGACAUUGUAGCGAGUUAUUGGCUGAAGUCUGGCGUGAUCCCAUUACAGAAUGCUGUGAGCUUGGAAUUCAAGGACAGCAAACCCAGCAAAGGAGCUCUGGGAAUUGCACUACGGGUGUGUUGCACAUAGCGAAGAUUUAAUUGUAUGAGGAUCACAAGAAUAUAAUAAACUGUUUAAAUGCUUUAAGCAUCAACCUUUGUAUGCAAACAAGCAAGCAUUUGUAUAUUUUUUGAAUGUUAUGACAAAUAAAAUGUAUUUUUCAUUAAACUAUAUUAUAAACAA